AUGAAGAACGCCCACUGCGAGGACGGAGGAGUACAACUUGAAGGCUUCCAAAUCGUGGAAACUCCGUCAUACGUAUACUUCGGACGUUCUAUGAACAUGGAAAACGACUUGAAGGAAGAACUGAAUAGAAGAAUGAGAGCAGCAUGGGCAGCAUUCGCAGCCGUCAGGGAAGCUACGGACCAACUGACGGGCCAGGAAGAUACAAGAGGCGAAAACUAG